AUGCCUGCCGGUCCCCGACCGGUGGUUCAAGCCAACCUGAUGCCCAUCGGUUCCUGUCCGAUGCUGAAGUCAUUCGAGAUGUCUACCGGUUCCAUUCCGGUGGCCGAAUCCUUCCAGAUGCCUGCCGGUCCCUGUCCGGUGAACAAGCCACUCCUGAUGUCCGUUGGUGCCAGUCCAGUGGACAAGCCGAUCCUGUGCUCGUCGUCUAUCGGUACCAGUCCGGUAGUCGAGACAACCGUCGAUGCCAGUUCGGCGGCUAAGACGCCCAAGAUGUUUGCCGGUCCUCCUCCGGUAGCCACGCCGAUUCCGAUGUCCACUGGAACCAGUCCGGUGGGCAAUUGCACUCCGAUGUUCGUCGGUUCCCGUCCGACGCUCAAACCGAAUCCGAUGUCCGCUGGAAGCAGUCCAGUAGCCAAUAUCGCCCUGAAGUCCGCCGGUUCCUCUCAGGCAAUCAAACCGAAGUUGAUGCCCAUCGGUGCCCGUCCGGUGGUCAAGUCCGUCCAGAUGUCCGCCGGUUCCUGUCCGGUGUUCAAGCCACUUCCGAAACACACUGGUACCAGUCCAGUGCGAAUUCUGACGUCCGCCGGUGCCCGUCCGGUGACAAAGUCCAUCAUGAUAGCCAUCGGUACCUGUUCGGUGGCCAAUCUGUCCUGGAAGUCCGUCGGUACCUGCCCGAUGGCCAAGACGUUCCUGAAGCUCGUCGGCACCAGUCCGAUGAUCAAGCCCAAGCCAUUUCCAAAGUCCACUGGAACCGGUCUAGUGGUGAAGCCGACCGUGUUGUUCGUUGGAACUAGUCCGGCAGCCAAGCCCUUCGUAAUGCCAGCCGGUCUCCGUCCGGUAGCCAAACCGUCUUCGAUGUUUGCUGGAAGCCGUCCAGUGAAUAUGCCCUUCCCGAUGCCCGCCGGUACCUGUCCGGUGACCGAGUCAAGCCUGAUGUCAACCGGCACUCCUACAGUGAACCCGCCGGUGAUCCUUCCUGUGAUGUCAGCCGGCAUCCAACGAAUUGCGAAGCCUAUUCCAAAGAUCGAGAAGUAUCCAACCAAGAAGCUACCUCCAACGACAGCUGGAACCCUUCCGGCAUUCAAGCGAAUCCAGAGCAAGGAAGAACGUGUCCCAAGUCCGAAGAUAGCCGGAACCCGUCCGGUGAUCAGAGAACCUCCCAAGAAGAAGAAGUGGAUCGUGGUGUUCUCGACGGUGAACCAACCACCACUGGAUCCGACGCCGGUCAGUCCGACUGGUGAAUCCAAGCAGCUCCAUUCCGGCACAAGGCCGAGGAAGCCUCCCGAUGAACCAUCCAAGCUAUCCCGGCCCAGCGAAGCCAUCCCAGAGCGCGUGUCCCGAACGCGUCCACCCAACGACCCGAAGAAAGACGAGCCAGACGCCACAGGUGAGCAAGCAUUCGAUCUGUGGUGUGUGAAUUCCCUAUCCUGGCUUUGA